GAUGCAAUCAAGGAAAUGUGCUCAAGGAUAACUACUCCAGUGGAUAUGAUGGGUUGUGACCAGGCACAAUCAUCAAACAGGUGCUUCACUACACUCAUUUCUCUGAUGCUUUCAUCACAAACAAAGGAUGAGGUCACAGAUGCUGCAGUGGCCAAACUACAUAUUGGAGUAGGUGGCUCACUUUCUGUAGACACUGUCAUAGCUGUAGAGGAGGCU